CUGCUGAAAUAAAACUUUCGGCAUUCAUUGCGGAGCACAAUGUUGCUUUUUCUGUUGCAGACCAUCUCACAGCUGUCAUAAAAGAUAUCUUUUCUGACCAUAAAAUUGCACAGAAAUUGACUCUUAAACGAACAAAAACAUGCAGUAUUGUAAAUAAUGUAAUAGCUGCCGAUCAUAAGGAGAAGUUGGCGAAUAAAUUAAAGAACACCAAAUUCAGCAUCCUUACAGAUGAAUCAACAGACAUAGGGACAAUAAAAAUGUCGUGCAUAGUGGUAAGGUACCAUGAUUUCCAGUCUGGAAGGAUAGAGAGCAAAUUCUGGGAACUAAGAGAAAUUUUUGACUCUUCAAAUAAAGUUGUGUGCGCCAGUGCAGAAAACCUGUUUCGUGGCUUGGUUGCUUCAAUCACAGAGUUUGGAAUUCCGUUGGAAAAUGUGAUCGGAUUUGGAGCAGAUGGAUGUAAUGUGAUGAUGGGUGAACAUAAUUCAGUAUCAUCUCGUCUCAAAGAAGCUUGUCCUGGGAUCGUGGUGGUUAAGUGCAUUUGUCAUUCGGCACAUCUGUGUGCUAGUGAAGCAUGUAAAGUGCUUCCUCGGUCUUGUGAAGAUAUGGCUCGUGAAAUAUACAAUUUCUUGAAGAGCAGUGCUAAACGACAGAGUGAGCUGAAAGAGUUUCAAACAUUUCUUGACAUGGAACCUUUGAAAAUGCUUCAUCCCUCGCAGACCAGGUGGUUGUCUUUGGUGGCAGUUGUUCAACGCAUUUUGGAGCAGUGGGAUGCUUUGAAAUUGUAUUUUACAGACUGUUGGUUGUCACAGAGACUCUUAAGUGCAGAAAACAUCUUCAAUGCACUUCACGAUCCUUUUUUGAAACUGUAUUUCAUGUUCCUUUCAUGGGUUCUUCCGAAAUUCACAAAAUUCAACGAAUUUUUCCAGACGAAGAAUGUUGUUAUUACAGAACUACAUACCCAAUUAAGAGAUCUCUAUACUGACAUUCUCCUUAGUUUCAUGAAAAGGGACUAUGUCAUGAAAACACCACUCGAGGAAGUCGAUCCUGCCCUGGAGAAGUAUCAUCUUCCAGACACUGAGAUGUAUUUAGGAGUUAAAGUCCUGCAGCACAUUGAUAAACCAGAAAUCACUUCCAAGCCCGAUAUUCGCUGUCAUUUCUUUCACAGGUGUAGAACUUUCCUCACGGUGAGUUGAAUCACUUGCAAGCCUCAUUGUUAUUUAAUUUUAAUUUUUGUAACUGAAAUAAUGAUAAAUGUUUGUCAUAAUUUUUCAGGUUGCUGCUCAAGAAAUAAGAAAAAGAUAUAAUAUGAAUGAUCCGGUUCUGUCGAAACUUAGCUACCUGCAACCUAAAGCAGCUCUUUCACCAGUAUUCAGGGUUAACUGCCCUUCCCUUCUUCCACUAGUAAAAGUAGUCCCAAGAAUUGUUUCUUGUGAUGAUGAUGCAAGUUUACAGCGUCUUGAUGAUCAGUGGAGGGAGCUUCCAUUUUCAAGGGCAAGGCUUCCAGAAGAUAUUGAUGAUGUAAACAGUCCUGACAUUUUCUGGAAUAUGCUUCUGAAACCAAGCUGUGACACACAAGAAGCUCAUUUCAAAGAAUUGGCUACAUUUGCACUUCAUGUGCUUAGUCUCCCGCACUCUAAUGCAGACUGUGAAAGAGUCUUCAGUCAGGUAAAUCUAGUGAAAACCAAAGUACGAAAUCGCCU